AACAAGCGUAAUAUGUCCUAUUUAAGGCUCAUCUUGUUGCUCUCUUCACAUGAGCAAUUUUCUAUCUAACCAGGAAGGGGCAGCAGAAGCGCCUGAUGCAUGCCACACACUCCCCCCUCCACCCUUUUCACUCUCCUGGGGAGGAGAGUGAGCUAAAAGUUGAGGUGGGAGGGGAAGCAAGGGGAAGGGUCUGCUGUCUGAUCCUUUGUCAUGGGAAGACUUUUAGUUUCUCGUUUCAUAAAGAGAGAGAGGACUCCGCAGAUGCAGACGCGAUAAAAAACCCCACUAUGUGAGUGAGACCGAGAGCAAAGCGAACCAAGCACUAGGGUCCAGCUGAAUCCUGCCUCCUCAGUCUGAAUCAGAGAAAGGAGGUCAGUGUGAUGCACAGCAUGCUGCCUCAGAGGAGUGCUGUCUCCACUCUGGGCUACAGCUCAGACUGUGUGAAGAUGGAGCACAGCGGCAGUGGCUCGGUGGGGGGGACGUUGCUGAGGGGCUCUCGCUCUAAAGCAGAGCUGCAGGAUCUGAUGGAGACACUGCAGCGCAGGAAGAGUGCUCUGGAGGCCAGCCUGAGGGCAGCUGAGUGCAGCCGCAAGUACCUCAGCGUGCCUUCACCUGUGGGGUCCCAGUCCUCCAGGCCGCUGUCCAUCCUCAGCAACACCGACAGGCCCCCCCCUGCCUCCAGAACUUUCUCCUACAUGACCAGCAGCAGCGUGCCUCCAUCGCCUCGCCAAGGUGAACGCCAGCUGAGCUCCAACGGCUUGCUCCGACAUUCCCACUCCCGCCACCAGUCUCAAGACAGCCUGUUCCUCUCUAACGCAGCCGAUGGAAACUCUCUGCUCUCCUCCUACGGGCAGCCCCCACCUCGAUCUCCCAGGGUCAAAAGUGGAGCAGCCAGCGUGCCGUCCAGCCCUCGCAUGGGUCGCAGGAUUUACUCUCAGGGCAAAGCUGGAGGAGACUCCCGGCAGAGGAAGUACUCCACUGGCUCCCUCACCAGCCUGGGGACGCACAGCCGAUCUCUUCCACGGCUACACAACGCACCUGACCCCCCUGCGCUGUCGCUGCCAUCACGACACUCCUCGGGGUCCCACAGAGGGUCAGCGGGGCAGCGGCGCAGCCUCUCCUCCUUGGAGCAGCCGCCAGACGUGACCGUGCCAGCCAGCAUGCCCAGCACCUCCAGGAGAGCCAGCCUGGCCUCCUUGAGCUCUUUGGGUGUAGAUCUGGACGGGACGGGCUUAGAUCUGGGGUUUGGGGAGAGGAGGUUGUCUUUUGGGAAGGGGGGACUGAGUCCUGGACAAAGGGUGGGCAGCAUUAGCUCUCUGAAUGGCAAAGAGGAUCUGAGAGACUAUCACCUGCAUCAGAGAGAUGAACGACUCAGGGAGCAGAAAGUUCAGAGAUUGGAGUGCCAGCGUCUAGAGACCAUCUUAAACCUGUGCACCGGGUUCGGCCAUGUGGAGAGAGAGCCGGCGGGAUCAGCUGUUUCUGACUUGCAGAAGAUCAAUAAGGAGUUGGAGAAGCUGCAGGUUUCCGACGAUGAGUCUGUGUUUUCCGACUCUCCCAGCAGCCCGGCUCCAGAGAGCGGCUUCGGAGCCAAAGCCAGAGACUUCCAGCUGUCCGAGGAGCAACCGGUCAGCCAGCGUCAGCAGAGCGUCUACAGAGACGCCCGGGCCCACUCUCCUGCCGUCAGCCUGAACAGCAACGCCCCCUCACCUUCCACCCACCACAGAGCCAAGGCCCUGGAGAGCGUGCAGCUGAAACAGGAAGUAACUCAAAUAGAGGAAGAGAGGAUCCAAGUCCUGAACAACAUGGAGGAGCUGGAGCAGAAGAUCAAAGACCUGGAGAACCAGAUGGAGGAGUCUGUCCGAGAGAUGGAGGUGGAGUGUGCUCUGCUGGAGGGGGAACAAGAGUCUGAGAUGGCCCAGCUGCAGAGGGAUAAAGAGGUCCUGGACACACUUCUUAAAAAGAAGAUUUCUUGUACUGAGAACACUAACCACAAGGAGAAAUCACAGGGUUCUGCAGAGCAGAUUAAAAGUUUGGAGGAUUUGGAGUUUCAGAAGCUGGAGAGAGAAAUUAAUCAGCACGAGGAAAAAGACAGUCAGAGCCAGGAGCUGCUGCGUGAGACCGCCGAGCAUCAGCGUCUGGCUGUAACACGCAAGGAAAGAAUCAUGACACUGAAGAAACAGUCCUCACAGAUCACCUUGCAGGCUCAGCAAGAAAGAGAGCACUUCCAGAGAGAGAAGAACAAUUUGAUCAUCAUGCUUCAAAAGGAGAGAGAGAAACUGGCGUGUUUGGAAGGAAAGUAUGCAGAGCUGUCGGAGGGGCAGGCCUUCACUAACAACUCCAUCAGAGAGCACUCCCUGAAGGAUAGAAGAAGAAGUAACAAAGAAAACUCUUCCCACCCGAGUGACAGCCUACCUCAUAAGAGGAGCCAGCAGCUCCUCACCGCUUACGGCAGAUCCCUCGGACGCACGCUUCCUCCUAAGGUCUUUGCCUAAUUCCUCA